GUACCCAUUUUUCAGAGAUGAGAACGAAGACCAAAGAACUUAACUUUGAUAGAAAAUAACUGCAUUUCUUGUUAUAAUUCUACACUCUGAAUCCGAAUGGUUGAAAUCUUUUUUUUAGCUUUUUUCCCCCGAUUGCAUGGCUAAAGCCCCUUAAUGGAUCUUUGCUAAUAUAGUGAAACAGCUUUUUUGUAGAACUAAAGUUUGCUUCUUUAGUUUACCUUCUUACUCUUCAGUGAGAUCCUUAGAUGGGUUUUCACUGUGCCUCUGUAACAUGCUGGAGAAGGUGUUGGUUUGGUAAUAUAGACUUGAGGGUGAUAAUUCAGCAUUUGCAUGGAAGCCAGAGAAGGCAUUAGUUCUGGGGUUACAGUGAUAGGGGCAGAAGCUCCAUCAGCUUACCAUGUGGCGCCGAGGAGUGAGGCUCCAAACCAGGUUCAUGUCCCUGAUGGUGGUGGCGGCGGCGGAGGUGGUGGUGGUGGUGCAGCUCUUGGUGUAUCACCUGUGAAUGUGGGGUUGGAUGGAACAUCAGUUAAGAAGAAACGGGGUAGACCAAGGAAAUAUGGGCCUGAUGGGUCUGUUACUAUGGCAUUGUCACCAAUGCCAAUAUCGUCGUCUGCUCCGUCCUCUAAUGACUUCUCAUCGGGGAAGCGGGGGAAAAUGCGGGGGAUGGACUAUAAGGCUUCCAAGAAAGUUGGUUUGGAUUAUCUAGGUGACUUUAAUGCGUGCUCUGAUGGUACAAAUUUUAUGCCACAUAUCAUCACUGUCAAUGCUGGCGAGGACAUUACAAUGAAGGUGAUAUCCUUUUCUCAACAAGGGCCACGAGCUAUAUGUAUCUUAUCUGCUAAUGGUGUGAUUUCAAAUGUUACUCUUCGUCAGCCUGAUUCUUCUGGGGGUACUUUAACUUAUGAGGGCCGUUUUGAGAUACUUUCCUUGUCUGGAUCAUUCAUGCCUACUGACAACCAAGGAACAAGAAGCAGGUCUGGUGGAAUGUCUGUCUCGUUGGCUAGCCCUGACGGCCGUGUUGUAGGUGGUGGUGUAGCUGGUCUUCUUGUAGCUGCCAGUCCUGUGCAGGUGGUGGUUGGAAGCUUUCUACCAAGCAGCCAGCAAGAACAAAAACUAAAGAAGUCCAAGUCUACUGAUUAUGCAGCAGCCACUGUUACUCCAGCCAUUGCAGUGUCUUCUGCACCACCACCUCCAACCAAUGCUGAGAAAGAGGAUGUGAAUGUGAUGGGUGGUGCACAUGUACUGCAAAAUUCUGGAACCCUUAACACAAACCUCACUGCCCCUAAUGCCUUUAGAAGAGACAACUGGGUCAACAUGCACACUAUGCCUGACUCUAGAAAGUCAGCUACUGAUAUUAACAUAUCUUUGCCUGAUUGUUAAGUUGAUCAUCAACCUCAACUACUCUUGCUGACAACAUUAUUCAUGACUCAGCUCUUUUAUUUCAUGUUUACAGUGUUCUCUCUCUUAUCUAGAGAUUGUUUCAAACAUGUCUCAUGUCUAUUACCGUAGGAUGUAGUUUCAGUAUUGUAAGUUGCAGCUAGGUAGAGUAUCUCAUAUGUUUAUCGGCUGAUUAAUUAGGUAGAUGCUGCACUCUGCAGUAUUAUGAGUAGGCUAAUUCGGAUGUAAUGCAAACUUGUUUGCCUAUUUAUUUAUGACUGAAUUUGUUCAAGAAUUUUCCUUUUAUUUUGUAUUA